UAUGGAUCUAUUCAAGGAAAAACAAGAUGCGAUGGAAGUGAAUAUGGUUGUUGAUGUUUCUUCUCCAAAGGCUAAUAAUGAAAAAGUAGAUCCAAUAACUCCUGACAAUAUGAUAAAGAGGGUAGAUUCGGAAUUUCAAUCACCUCCGACAUUAACAGUUGUGAGGAAACAACUUAGUGGGGUCCACAUUGAUUUUGACAACGCUAGUCCUCGAACACCUAAGGGUGUUAUUUUUGACCCUUUUGCCCCUGGUCCUGAAGACAUAUUGGCACGUGCGCCCCACUCUCGUAAGUAUCACGAAGAAAUGAGGAACAAUGCUGCACGCAAACUUCAUUUUUGUUCCUCCCCUCUUUAUGCUGAUUCUGUUUCAAACCAAAAGCAAUAGCUGCUACGUACUUUUGCAGUAGCUU